AUGGCGUCUGAACAGCAGCGUUUGCCCACCCGUGAGAGGCGCCCCUCCACCUCCGCCCCGAUUGUAGACAUUCAGGGUGCAGUCGGCCCCGCAGGCAUCUCCCGCCCAAAACACACACGAACUGCCACUGGUUUCGGUCCUAGUGAGAUCAAGAGCUUUGAAGCCUCGAUUCCCGAGCCUCAGCGUGAAGCAUGGAAGCGCAACCAGUCUAGUGGCUUUACUGGCAAAGACGGCUUCGAGAAAGAGGUUGUCCGCCACGUCGAGACCACUCUUGCUCGCUCUGUCUUCAACUGCGAUGAACAUGCUGCCUACUCUGCUACCAGUCUGGCUUUCCGUGAUCGCCUGAUCCUAGAUUGGAACAGAACUCAACAGAGACAGACUUAUCGCGACUCCAAGCGCGUGUACUACUUCAGUCUCGAGUUCUUGAUGGGCCGUGCUCUUGACAAUGCUAUGCUCAACGUGGGUCAGAAGGAUACUGCCAAGGCUGGUCUUGCUGAGCUCGGCUUCCGAAUCGAGGACAUCAUCACACAAGAGAAUGAUGCUGCGCUGGGUAACGGCGGCCUUGGCCGACUCGCUGCCUGUUUCCUCGACAGUCUGGCCUCCCUCAACUACCCCGCUUGGGGUUACGGUCUCCGAUAUCGAUAUGGGAUUUUCAAGCAGGAAAUUGUCGACGGUUACCAAGUCGAGGUGCCUGAUUACUGGCUUGACUUCAACCCCUGGGAGUUCCCACGACACGACGUGACUGUUGAUAUUCAAUUCUUUGGAAAUGUUAGAAAGACUACUGAUGAGAAUGGCAAGUCCGUUGCUAUUUGGGAGGGUGGUGAGAUCGUUCAGGCCGUUGCCUACGAUGUUCCCAUCCCCGGCUACGACACACCCACGACAAACAAUUUGAGACUGUGGUCCAGCAAAGCUUCUGGAGGAGAGUUCGACUUCCAGAAGUUCAACAAUGGUGAUUACGAGAGUUCAGUUGCCGAUCAACAACGAGCUGAGACCAUCAGCGCUGUUCUGUACCCCAACGACAAUUUGGAGCGUGGAAAAGAACUUCGGCUGAAGCAGCAGUACUUUUGGGUUGCUGCCUCUUUGUACGAUAUCGUUCGCCGUUUCAAAAAGUCUAACCGCCCUUGGAAGGAGUUUCCCGAUCAGGUGGCUAUCCAGCUCAACGAUACCCACCCUACAUUGGCCAUCGUGGAGUUGCAGCGAAUUCUCAUUGACAUUGAGCACCUUGAAUGGGACCUGGCAUGGGAAAUUGUAGUGAACACCUUUGGCUACACCAAUCAUACUGUGCUGCCCGAAGCCCUGGAGAAAUGGCCUGUUGGUCUGAUUCAGCACCUUCUACCUCGACACUUGCAGAUUAUUUACGAUAUCAAUCUGUUCUUCCUCCAGAAGGUCGAGAAGGCAUUCCCCAAUGAUCGAGAUAUCUUGAGAAGAGUGUCCAUCAUCGAGGAAUCUCAAACAAAGAUGGUACGCAUGGCGUACCUGGCUAUUGUUGGAUCACACAAAGUCAACGGUGUUGCUGAAUUGCACUCGGAUCUCAUCAAAACCACUAUCUUCAAGGAUUUUGUCGAGAUCUACGGCCCUGACAAGUUUACCAACGUGACCAACGGCAUCACCCCUCGCCGCUGGCUCCACCAGGCCAACCCUCGCCUUUCGGAGCUCAUUGCUUCUAAGGUUGGGGGUAAUGGUUUCCUCAAAGACCUCACCACUCUGAAUCAGCUCGAGAAGUAUGCUGAUGACAAGGAAUUCCGUAAGGAAUGGUCCGAGAUCAAGUAUGCCAACAAAGUCCGACUCGCUAAGCUCAUUAAGUCGGCCGUGGGUGUCACUGUGAACCCUGCGGCAUUGUUUGAUGUCCAAGUCAAGAGAAUCCACGAGUACAAGCGACAGCAGCUCAAUAUCUUCGGCGUUAUUCAUAGAUAUCUCCACCUCAAAUCACUAUCCCCUGAGGAGCGUAAGAAGGUCGUUCCACGUGUCUCCAUCUUUGGAGGCAAGGCCGCCCCCGGCUACUGGAUGGCGAAGCAGAUUAUUCAUCUGGUCAACGCUGUUGGCUCUGUGGUGAAUAAUGAUGAGGACAUUGGAGAUCUCCUCAAGGUCAUCUUCUUGCCUGACUACAACGUCAGCAAAGCUGAGAUUAUCACCCCUGCAUCGGACCUUAGCGAGCACAUUUCUACUGCAGGCACCGAGGCAUCUGGUACCAGCAACAUGAAAUUUGUUCUGAAUGGUGGUCUCAUCAUCGGCACUUGCGAUGGUGCCAAUAUCGAAAUUACUCGCGAGAUUGGCGAGAACAACAUCUUCUUGUUUGGCAAUCUCGCUGAAGAUGUCGAAGAUCUCCGACAUAGUCACCAGUACGGCUCUCAUGAAAUUGACCCCGACUUGCAGAAAGUGUUUACCGAGAUUGAGAAGGGCACCUUUGGCUCGGUCCAUGACUUUAGCGCCCUGGUCGCCGCUGUCCGUGAUCACGGUGACUACUACUUGGUGUCUGACGACUUCCACAGCUACAACGAGACUCACAAGCUGGUGGAUGAGGCGUAUCAAAACCAGGAGGAAUGGAUCAAGAAGUCAAUUACCUCUGUUUCUCGCAUGGGAUUUUUCAGCAGCGACCGCUGCAUUGACGAGUAUGCUGAGAGCAUCUGGAACGCAGAGCCUCUUGUCGUCCAUGAUUAG